AUGGCCUCUCGGUGCCGACUGUCGGUGCCCAUCUGCCAUCAGCUCGGCACAGAGGACAGGAAUGUCAUGGGGAUGAAUCAUGUCAAGCGCUUCUGGCCCCCCUGUCCAGAGGUGGAGGACGAAGAAGAGGGCGAAGUGGCUAAAUUGACCCAGCGCUUGUCACAGAUCGCUUUGGAGUGCAAGGGGACACCGGAAAAAGUGCCAACCUCUGAGCCCGCGGGCGGCCACCGCUUGGUGCAUCAGGUGGCCCAGAACCAGAAAACGAGUGCAGAGGCAUGCCUCAAAGCGGUUGAGAAAGCCUUGAACACGGACAGUGGUCCCUUGGAGGAGUUGAUCGAAGCACAGCAGCAGGCCCGGAGCGUCAAGAGCAACGGUGGCUCGACUCGCUUGCUCAAUGCCCUGAAGAGUGGAGAAGCCAAAGGCGGGCUGGAGCACGGGGAGAAGGAGGAGGGGCAGGAUCAGAAGGAGGUCAUUGCAGCCUUCCUGCUUCUGAAGGCUGCCAAACAGUUGGAUGCCAUCUCCAGCACCCAUGUGAAGGAAGCCAAGGUGCAGGAGAAGCCGGAGCAAAAGGAUGCGGGCUGCCAGACCAUCUUCCGCUUGGGUGGCAUGGUCGAGGACCUCAGGGAGCCCAUGCGUGGGGGAGUAACGGGAAGGCAAGUCUUCCGCUUUCUACAUCGCGCGGGUGGCUCUGCCGAUGCGCACUAUGUCACGGGCAAGUAUGGAUGCAAGAAGCAGUGGUUGCUCGAGUUCGAGGGCGGAAAUGUCUUCGAGGCGGAGGGCGACAAGCUGAAGCUCAAGGGCGGUGCCUUUGCUGUGGCCGCAGCUGCGGCGGCCGCCGGUAGAGUCAGCCGAAAGGCAGGGCGCAGGAGCUCACCGGCACACCUGCUCACCAAAGCGGGCUUUGCCACGAAGGAGGAACCGGCGAGGCGCCUCCAGCAGCGAAUCGAGGGUCUCCUCAUGAGCGCCGGGGAUGGGGUGCUUCCAUUCGAGGCGGUGCUGCGCGCUUUGGCCUUGAAGCCCUCGCACGCCUUGAACCGGUGGCUUCCCAAAGCGGGCUUCCGUAUGACACCCAACGGGGACCUUUGGGUCGACAGCUACCGGUUUUUCCACUUCCGGCUCUACAGAACACUCCGUGCAGCCGCCUUCAUCAUGGAGAAGGGUGGCGAGGCCCCGCUCCAGGAGCUCAUGGAGUUUCUUUACCGUCCCUCCGAGCUUCAAGAUAUCGAGGAGGUGGAGCUGACGCCCGAGGGUCGCCAGCAAUCCUACGAGGCCGGGCUGGCGCCCAGCGCCGAGGUGGAAGAGUGGCGCCUGGCAGCGCGGGAAAGAUACUGGCGGAAAGCCCCUGGCGAGCCUGCAGCCCUGCUGCCUGCGCCCAAGGAUACCUUGGAGUUCUCCGACAACGAGGAGCAGCUGUUCGGCGACGAUGAAGCCUUGGAGAGACUUGAGCUCUCGGAGGAGGCCUUGGAGUUCGAGAUCAUGUUGGCGGAAAGGUAUGUCGACCCUCCGUUGUGGCUUGAAGCAUGGCUGCGGGAGUAUUUCGUUGUAGAGGACGACCUGGUGUAUCUGCCUUUUCUGAAGCCCUGGAAGCAGCACGUAGCCCGGAAUCCGGACGCACCGCCUCCGUUGAGCCACACCGAGCAGGAAGCGCUCCUGAUGAAUAUCCAGGAGGAGAUGCGGCUCAGAUACGGCCGGGUGCACAUAGCGACGCUUGGGCCUCUCUUUCCUGGUGCCAAGAGGGGAUGGAUGAAACGGUUCUUUGACAUCACGUCUUACGGUGACCUUCUGGAGAAGAGUGUGGCCCGGCAAACUCGGGAGGCCAUCGCCGUAGCUGCGCGCAUCCACUACGAGGAUUACACCUCCGUGGAGGCAUUCUUCGACUUCGGGAUCGGACGCGAGUGGCUGCGAAGAUACUUCUGCCUAGACCCGGACACCAACAAGCUCAGCCUGGAUCAUAGGCGCUACGCGUCCUGGGAGCCACCACCCAAAGAUCCAGAAGCGCCGGAUCCCCGUAUCUAUACGAAACUGAAUGCACCGCGAGGAUACGUCCGGAAGGGCAAUGGGAAAUAUGCGAAGAGGAAGUACGGACAUUUCGCAGGCGGCAUCCUAUUCUAG